AUGGGUUCGGCGCCACUGAUUGUCUUUGUUAUACUAAUACAGCGACCAAAGUUUCACAACUACAGCUUGCCUCGAAGGACUUGUCCGGACGGACGGUCACGGUCGACAGCUGGUCCUGUUGGACGGAAACACGGUUUACUGGCGUGGACAUCAGUCCAUGCCUUCCGGAAAAAGCCGCGUGAAAGUGAUGGCCAGUCACUGUGGUGGCCAUUACCCCACGUCGACCCUGGUCGACAUCCAAACGCCGGCCACGUGCUGACGGCCAUCCGGAAGUUGGACGACCGCUGUGGGGUACUGGUGCUUGGGUCCAGCGAGACGGCGGCCAUCCUCAACUAUGGCAUCGCAGCCCAAAAGGCCCGUACUCAGGACAUUAUUGUCAAAGUAAACGAUAUUACCACUCAUAUCCGGAUUAAGGGGGACACGUCCUCGGGGCCCACCCCGUGCCAGAUUACAGUUAUAUCAAAUAGCAUUUUUAAUACAAUGUUUAUGAUUUUAUUAGAAUCAUAUAAAUUAUAUUAA